AUGUCUCAAAUAUCUAAAUUCGAUAUGGCCUCCAAGACUAUCAUCGGUCAAUGUCCAGAAUAUUCUCAGGCAGAUACAGAAAACGCCAUCGAAGCAGCAGCUACAGCAUUCCCUGCUUUCAAAGCUUUGACCGGUCGCGAGAGAGCUCGGCUGCUGCGAAAAUGGCAUCAAUUAAUGAUGGACAAUGUUGACGACCUUGCUAUUCUGUUAACACUGGAAAAUGGUAAAACACUAGCGGAGGCAAAAGGAGAGAUUGCGUUUGCCGCCAGCUUUGUGGAGUACUACAGCGAAGAAGCAGUCCGCAUCUAUGGAGAUACGAUUCCAGCUUCUAUCGACGGUAAAAAAAUCCUGACUUUGAAGGAACCUGUCGGCGUGUGCGCAUUAAUCACCCCAUGGAAUUUUCCCUCUGCCAUGAUCACUCGUAAAGCGGCACCUGCUCUUGCUGCAGGCUGCACAAUUGUAAUCAAAGUGCCUGGGGAGACUCCCUUGAGCGGAUUAGCUCUUGCAGAGUUGGCAAGACAGGCUGGAUUUCCCAAGGGUGUUAUCAACGUCAUCACAGCUCUGAAAAACACUGUUGAAGUUGGCAGUACUCUGACGCAUUCUUCGCUUGUGCAGAAGGUCUCAUUCACUGGUUCAACUGCAGUCGGCAAGCUUUUGAUGAAGCAGGCCGCAUCGACAAUGAAAAGGGUUAGCUUUGAGCUUGGAGGAAACGCGCCGCUUAUUGUCUUUGGCGAUGCUGACAUCGAUAAAGCUGUCGAAGAAGCGAUUGCAAGCAAAUUCAGAGUCUCGGGGCAGUCAUGCGUUUGUGCAAACAGACUAUACCUACACGAAAGCAUUCAUGAUGAAUUUGUCCGCAAGUAUGCAGCGGUUGUGCGGCGAUUCAAGGUUGGCUCUGGGCUAGACAGCUCUGUUUCCCAGGGCCCAUUAAUCCAUGAGCGUGCAGCCCAAAAAGUUGACUCUCACGUUAGAGACGCUGUUGAGAAGGGAGCAAAGAUAGUUGUUGGAGGCAACUUCGUCCCGAGUCUUGGUCCUACUUUCUACUUGCCUACUAUCUUGACCGGAAUGAAGGCCAAUAUGCUGCUCGCGCAAGAAGAGACUUUCGGGCCUGUUGCUGGCAUCUUUUCAUUCAGCUCUGAUCAAGAAGUUGUCUCUUUCGCAAAUGAAUCAGACGUAGGCCUCGCCUCUUACCUGUUCGGCAAGGAUAUUUCGCGAAUCUGGAGAGUCGCCGAGGCUUUGCAAGUGGGAAUGGUGGGGAUCAAUACCGGCAUUAUUAGUGACAACGCAGCCCCAUGGACUGGGGUCAAGCAAAGCGGAAUCGGAAGAGAAGGUGGAAAAUACGGCAUCGAAGAAUACCUUGCAACCAAGACGAUCACGCUAGGAGGAUUGGGAGGCCACUUGAAGCCUAGAAUCUGA